ACUUGGGGAAGUGACCACAAACACAGGGAGGGACAUCAUGAAAACUCCACAUUAAAAGAUUGGAACGCUGAACCUCCCGAUUGCGAGUGAGACAUGUUUACACUCGUGCCAAAAUAAAGAAGAUGAACCUAAAGGUAGCCAUGACACGUAUUUUACUUGUCGAAAGGAAGCAAAAAAAGGCACGACUUAAGCAGUCAGGCAAAGCUUUAAUGAUGUCACUUGUGUCAUGCAUGUUCAAAGGACGGCACCGUUCCAUCAUGUGCGAGGGAUUUUGGCUGUUUCCUGCUAUAUGUAAACGAAUAAGCUAUUCUUAAAGGUAUACUAUUUUUUAUGAGUAAAAAAUGCCUCCCAAGAAAGGCAAAGGAGGCAAAAAGGAGGGCAAGAAGGGGCGCAAGACGCCCAAAACACCAGCGGAGCCCGAGCCUCCGCCAGAAUUACCAGAGGAGGUGAAGGCCCUCAUAAGACAAGUUGAACAGCUCCAAAAAGAUGUGGAGACAGAAAUGAAGGAGAGGAACAAGUUCCAGCUGGAAGUGGACAUGCUCCGCACCUUCUGGGAGGUGACGGGCCAACAGCUGGAGGAGACCAACGCCGAUUAUGUCAACCUGUACAACGAAAUCGAGACGGACGAGCUCAACCACCGACAGGAUAUCAAAGAGUACUUGGGAGAAAUCAAGCUCUACAAGGAGGAUCUCAAGAAGCACCAGAAAGAUUUUGAAAAACAUGUGCUUAAGGUCGACGACAUGGAGGUCAAGCCUUACGAGAAGGAGCGUGCCGAGAUGAUACUGGACGAACAGCUGGACAUUGAGGACACGGUCAGCACGCUGAAGGCCAAGCAUAACGAAGAAAUGGCCAGGAGAGAACAGGAGAUGAACGAGAAGCUCCUGCAAACGGAGCAAAAGUACAAGAAGAAACUGGAGCUCCUCCAGCAUGACCUGACCAACAAGGAGAAGACCAAACUGAGCGAGAGGGAGUACUAUUGGAGUAGCCUCAUCCACAGUCUGCAACAAGAUCACGACAAACGCUACAGCGAAUUUGACGCCUUCCUCAAUGAGUGCAAGAAGAAGGACCUGCUCCACAAGGACAAGCUUAGGAAACAAAUCCAAGUCUUUGUCGCCACUGAGGAGAACAAAAAAGAGCGCGUGGAUGGAUCGAUGGACGUCAAGAUGCUGAAACAAGAGCAAAAAAAAGUCCAGGCGCAAAUUAUCAAAAUCCGCAAACUCUUGAGGAACCCCAUCAUGAAGAAGCACCCCAACGAAACCGUCAAACAGCUGGAGCUGAAGCGCUUGAAGCGCGACUACGACGCGUGCGAGCAGAGGGUCAAGCAACUCCAGCGGGACAUGGACGAGAUGCGCGCUAAGUUCCCCGAAAACAUCCUGGACAUCCAGCAGAGAGCCGAAAAGGAACACGCGGAGCUAAAAGCCAAACUAGCCACGCUGACGGAAAAAACCCACAAGCUCCAAUCUCUGGUUUGCUUGCGACUCUUCGGUAUCGACCUCCUCGCCACGGGUGGACCCGUGAUCCAAGCGGUGGACAACAUGGACUCGAAGGAGCAACACUGGAGCCGGAAAACCAGACUCAACCAAACGGUCACCUGGCAGCUGCAAAACGUGAAGGAGCUUCUUCUGAGAGACGUGGAAACCGCCGUCAAGGAGAGGACGGCUCUGAUUAAACUCAUCAACGAGAAGAUCGACGAGGUAUUCCAAGCCAAGAUGAAGCUCCAAAAAGUCUCAUGGCAGCUUGAAGCGGCAAAGCAGUCCGAAUCCGGGAAAGGCGUACAAGAUUCCGUUCCACUGCCUUUGGAGUCGCCGCUCUACCUCCUGGAUGACCGGCAGCCAAUGGGCGGCCUGAUGGGGGAAGUCGUGAGGAUCGCGUGCAAAAAACCGCGGGCUACCUCGGAAAACAGGUUAAGUUCCUUGAUGUUUGAUCCGGUACUGGACAAGCAGCUGAGGAACAGCAAGGAGCUCCUGCAGAGUCACGCCGAGGUGGCCACCAAGAGGAGGACGCAGCUCAUCCUGAUUUUGAACGACAAGACGCACGAGCUGCACGGCCUUCAUCGCAAAAUCAAAGAGACCAACAAGGAGCUGGAGAAGCAGAAAUUAGCCUCCGACCGGAAUCUGAGCGUGAAAGGAGCUUUGCUGCAGCGCGCCCAAAUGUGACGAGUAUUGUGUCCAUCUGGUCGUUUUUCCCUUAUUUAAAAAAAAAACAAACAAACAAUAAAACAUAACAAAAUGGAGGAAUAUAUUCAUCUUCCCCUGUAUGUUCCCAUAUUAAAGUCCCUAGGAAAAAUGUUUUCUAAAUUUUGACACGCCACAGCAAAGAACCCCUAAAACAUCCCAAUUUCACUGCGGCAA